UGGCGCAUAUAUACGACUCCAUCGGUGUGUGCUGUGUCCUUACACGUUUAGGAGCUGCGUCAGAUGGUGGGUGAUGUCUUGUGUCACCUUGUGCGAGCAACAGUUGGUAGCAACUGAGAGCAACUGAUCGCUUUUGGGAGCAACUAACUGACAGCAACAACUAGGACUAUCUUUCGGUAGCAACUGGAAGCAAGUGGUACUAGUUUUUUUUUGUUGGUAGCUACAGAGAGCAAGAGCUGGUGCUAGUUUCUGAUAGCAACAACUAGUACUAGUUUUUGGUAGUAACUGACAGCAACUGGUAGUACUAGAUUUUACUAGCAACUGACAGCAAGAGCUAGUUCUAGCUCUUGGCUGCAACUGACAGCAAAUGGUACUAGUUUUGGUAGCAACUGACACCAACUGGUACUAGUAGGUUUUGGUAGCAACUGAGCAACUGGUACUAGCUUCUGGUAGCAACUGAUUAGCAAGAACUGGCGCUAGUUUUUGGUAGUAACUAAGAGCAACUGGAACUAGUUUUUAGUAGCAACUGAUAGCAACUGGUACUAGCUUCUAGUAGAAACUAAGAGCAACUGGUACUAGCUUCCAGUAGCAACUGACAGCAACAUCUAGUACUACUAGCUUUCGUGAGUAACUGAGAGUAACCAGGACUAGUUUUUCUUAAAUUGUGGAACUUUCGUGACUUCUUGAAAACACUCCGGAGUGAUUCCUGUAGGAGUGGAGUUUUUAUUCCUUUGAAAAGUGUCCUGAAGGAGUUAUUUACCAGCUGACGGAGGAAGAAUAAUUCAUCUUCUGUCUCCUAAAAGCUUCCCAAAAGGUGCUGACGAAUCGUCAGCCAAAGCUGCUGACCACAAGAGGAACUCCCAGAAAGAGAGCUGAAAGAUGCCCAGUCGUAUCCGAGCGACCAGCAUGUUUAAUGCCGUGGCCAUAGUCUCUGCCCUGCACCUGCUCUCUGAGGGAAUCCUCCCGUCCGCCGAGGGAACGGGCGAGCCCUACGGCAUCAACAGACAGCUGGUCGAGGGCGCAGCCAGGGCGGGAUCCGUGGGCGGGCUCAGCGCGCCCUCACAACGUGGGUUGUCUGCCACACCAGUGCCUGCCCUGAAUCAGGUGGUGGACGGGAACUCGACUGACACUGAUGGAGGAGAGGUGGAGAAGGCUUUGACCUCCUCCUCCGGCGACAAUGAGACACUACCCGAGGACGCGGGUCCUCCGGGGCAGAUCCUGACGGAGGAGGAUGCGGAAGAAGGUGACAUGACGAAACCUUUGCUCUUCCCCGCGUCCAUCCCAGAUUGCAACGAUGGGAAAGGUCAGAUCAGGUACGAGAGGAUUCUGGACACUGUUAUGGACCCUUCGAACACGCCCUUCGAUUCGAUCAGACUGAAAGAGAUCCCUGGAAACGUCCUGGCCAAAUGCGAAGACCUCUGCCUGAAGGACAAGACUUCGGAGACGGACAUCACGACGACCUGCAUAGGCUUCGAUUACUUCCCCGGCAAGAGGUUCAGCAGCUACAACUUCAACCUGGAGUACACGGAGACCAAGUGCCUCACCUACAGGCCGCUGGGGCAGUUUGACGAGGUCCGCUACAAGAAGUCGAAUGGGAGUUACCACAUGAGGGAAGUCUGCUAUGAAGCAUCGGCCGUCAAGACAGAGUGCCCCACUCAGAAGUACGUCAUCGAGAGGAUAAGAGAGAUGGACUUCUUGCCUCACGACUCGAUCAUAGUCCAAGCGAGGACCCUCGAGGAGUGUCAGGACAAGUGCCUGAGUCAAUAUGCGGAGGAGAACGUCAACAACACCAGGGUCUGUAGGGCUGGUUCGUAUGACCACGAGAACAAGAGGUGUUACCACUCGGCCUACACUAGGAGAACGCACCCUCAUAAGCUUCAGCCAAACCCAAGAUUCGAUUAUUUCGAAAACACCUGUCUGUCAGUGGACCGCAGAUGCCCCAAAAACAAGCUGAUGUUCGUCAAGGAGACCAACCGCGAACUGGGAGGGCCUUACGACAUCCUUGUCCACACCGGAAUGACCCACGAGGAGUGCAAGACCAAGUGCCUUGACGGCGAGGAUAUCCUCUGCAGGAGCUUUGAAUACGAAGCCCAGACAAAGACCUGCGUUCUGUCUGACGAGGAUUCCUACAGCAGGCCAGGUGACAUGAGGCCGUCCCUCUCAGAUAAGAAUGAGUACUACGAGCUUCUCUGCAUUGACGGAGAUAACGUGAAAGGAGAUUAUGUCUUUGAAGAUUCUGACACCCAGCAGCUGAACCAGAGAAGGUACCGUGACGUCCGAACGGCAUUCCAGCUCUUCAGAAACAGCAGGCUUCAACUUAAUUCUGGUUUUCGAGGAAACAGAGGUCGCGAGCGCUCCCGCCUGACCUUAGCCGAGUGUCUUGACGAGUGCCUGGAGGAGAGAUCUUUCACCUGCCGAAGUGUCAUGUAUUCCGAAAGGUAUCAGACGUGUCAGCUUUCCGAGUAUGACCAACUCAAUGGCAACCUCGUGUAUGACAAUGAAAUGGACUACUAUGAAAACCUCAUGGAGAACCUGGUGGUGAACCGAGGGGGUGAGGGCAGCAGCUCCGCCGGUGCUGUGGCCGGGGACAGAACCGGUGCGUCUGCAGAUCACGGCUCCGCGGGAGGCGUUAGGGAGUCCGGUCCAGGGAGCGCCGGGCAAACGGGCCUUAACCGACCGGUCUCCGGCAGUGGUGGGUUCGCCUCUGCCGGGGAGUCUGGGUCUCGAGUGAGUUCGAGUAACUCCUUCUCAGGAGGUGGCGGAGGCAGCAGCAGCUUUGAAGGAUCUGGCUUCGGAAGCAGCAAUGGCGGAGGAGGUAGUUUUGGAAGUGGUGGCAGCAGCAACAAUUUCAGCAACUCAAGAGGUGGUGGGAGCAGCACCAGUUUUGGAAGCUCUGGAAGUGGCAGUAAUGGUUUUGGGGGAUCCAGGGGCAGUAGUGGCAGUGGUUUCGGUGGCUCCAGAGAUACUAGCAAUGGUUUUGGUGGAUCUAGGGAAACCAGCAACGGUUUUGGUGGCUCCAGAGAUACCAGCAGCGGUUUUGGUGGCUCUAGGGGAAGCAGCAGCAGCAGCAGUGGUUUCGGUGGAUCCAGAGGGGGAAGUGGAGGCUUUGGCACCAACUUCGACACCAGAGGAAGCGAAACCUCCGACGGCCGUUUCGGCAGCAGCAGCGACAGGAGAUUCCGUCCCUUGAGCGGUGCCCUGGACGGCCAGCCAGGACUCUUCAACCCCAUCAGCACCGACUUCCGAGAAACCAGUACCAAUGGAGGACGCCAAACGAGCAGCUUUGGAUUCGACAGCCGAAGACAGCAGCAGGGCAGUUUCGGAUUUAAUGCCGGCACCUUCGGAGGAGAGCGCCAGCCUGACUCGACGGGACCAACCAGAGGAACUGCUGUCUCCCCCAUGGACAGCGGGGAAGAAGCCAACAGUGUCGUUGGUAUUUCAGGCAACAGCAUUGGUUUUGGCAGCAGCAGCAGCAGCAGUAGCAGUGGCAGACCGUACAGCCGGCCGCCAUCUUAUGGCGGAGGGUCAGGCUCCUCAUUUGGCAGCUCCUCCGGUGGGAGUUACGGCGGUGGCUACGGCAGCAAUUACGGUGGUUCGCACGGGUCUCAGAGUGGAGGCUUGGCAUCCUCCAGAUGCUACGACUCAGACAACUUCGAGCCAGUAGGCACACGUCUGAGGCUGCGCUCGCCCUACGUCCGUGACUACAUGACCGUGAGUUCCCUAAGCGACUGCAAGAGGGAGUGUCUCAAUCAGAGGUCGUACACGUGUCGCAGCUUCAACUACAGGUACGGAAGCAGUAGGGAAAACUGCGAGCUCUCUGACGAAGACACCCACACCUAUCUCAGACUGGACAAUCCCUCGCACUUCGAUACAGAUGCCAGCAGCGAUUACUUCGAACACUCAGGGCAGCGGUCAGCUGAGUGCCAAGAGGUGUCGCAGCUGUGUACGGAGGACGGGAUGGAGUUCACCAUCAGGACGAACGAACCUUUCCGCGGACGCAUCUACACCUACGGAUACUACGACCGCUGCUUCUCCAGGGGAUCCGGAUCCACCGUCAACGUCUUGAAGAUAUCCGGUCCCAACGAUUUCCCCGACUGCGGCACCAUACGGUACGGCGAAACGACUACAAACAUCGUGGUCGUGCAGUUUUCGGACAACGUGCAAACUUCCCUGGACAAGAGGUACAACCUUACCUGCACGAUUGUUGGACCAGGUGAAGCCGUGGUCACCUCCGGUUACAUCGGCGCCGGCUCGGGAGCUCCGACCCCCAUCGAGUACCUCCCGGCCGAGAACCAGCUCCAGUCGAAAGUUCGCCUCCAGAUCCUCUACGGGGGCCGCCCUACGACCACCAUCGCCGUCGGGGAUCCUCUCACAUUCAAGUUGGAGUCCCAGAGAGGAUUCAACCUCGUGUCGGACAUAUUCGCCACCAACGUCCAGGCGAAGGACCCCUAUUCGGGCAGGAGUGUGGACCUUAUCGAUUCUAGAGGAUGCCCCAUCGACACCUACGUGUUCCCCUCGCUGGGCAGAGGGCGCGAGGGCAACGCCCUUGAGGCGCGGUUCAACGCCUUCAAGAUCCCAGAGUCGAACUUCCUGAUCUUCGAGGCUACCGUGAAGACCUGUAGGGGAGGCUGCCAGCCGGCACGCUGCGUUGUGGGACCUGGAAGGGAAGAGUCCGAAUCCUACGGAAGGCGGAAAAGGAACGCUGAUGAGCCGGGCACUGAAGGAUACGAGGAAGAGAAUACUGAAGAAGAAGCAGAAGAGGAGGAACAAGUGCACGGGAUCUAUGAGGUAUACAUGUCCAGAGACGAAAUCGAAGAACCUCAGCCACAGACUUACCUGGACGAGGUGUGCCUGGCCACGUCAGAGUAUUACGGAAUGGUGACUGGCCUCAUCAUUACAGUCAUCUGUCUCAUGGGGUCUUUCCUGGUUAUUGGAUUCUGUUACAGGAAACACCGUGCCCUGGGGACAAAGAACGCCAUGGCUGACGCAGGCAACCCCUACCACAACCAGUCCAGCCAACAGCACCUUCAGCAGAAUACCAAAUCAGCCUUCCCAGGGAGCCACGCUCGUACCCUGACCCAGCCAGCCAGGCAGGUUUACUGGCCUUCAAACGAUACCCCUGUAAGCAGCCCGCAGGGAGAAGACGGGGCAGCCACUUCGUCCAGGUAUUCUGACCCAUCAGAGCCAAUCUACACGGAUCCUGGACUCUUUGAAAGUGUGACUUGUGACCUUGGUAGUAAAAACUUCUACGUAUCUGAUUGUAAAAUGGAUUCUGAAGCCAGAAGGGAGCAACAUUUUGUGGAAGAACUAAAGAAGUGGCAUAGCAAAAACAAAAGAAUGCUAAUUACACGUGAUGAAUAUUUUGAAACAGCUGCAAUGGGCGGUUCUAGUGAGGGGACAAAGGGUCCUAGGGACAGAGAGUCCCGUGUGGAGGGAAAUAUAAUAUUUUGGAGAAGAGAUUGGUGUGACUAA